GGAAAGUUAGAGGAGAGGAAGCCAUUCAUGGUACUUUUUGACGAAGUUUGCCAUGAACUACAUCCUGUCUGCUGCACAGUCAGCAGGUGGUGCAGCUCUCUGUAACCAAUCAUCAGGCGGCAUUGUGGAAAGAAGAUACACUUUUUUGAAGAGGCUGUGUCAAGUUCUCUGUGCCCUGGGUAGCCAAAUCUGCUCUUUAGUGGGUUCCGAUAUUGAAGUACAAGUUCCUGUUAAUCUGGAUAAAUACAUGGAAGCUCUUUUUGCCUUCACUACACAUCCUAGCCAGUUUCUGAGGUCGUCCACGCAAAUGACCUGGGGAAACCUAUUCCGACAUGAAAUUUUAUCAAAGGAUCCUGUAGUUGGCCAGAUGGCGAUAAAAUAUUUAAGAGCAGCAAGGAUCAAUCUUGUUAAAACUGGAUUUCCCUCCAAGAAUGAUUGUCCAGGUUGUGAAUUCUCUAGAGUGGACUUUGAUAGUGAUGAAGAUUUCAACUGCUCCUUUAAUUCUUUCAGGGCUCAGCAGGGAGAAGCAGUUCGUCUGGCUUGUAAAAUUGUCCCAUUUGAGGCCGUCCGUAUUGCAAGGGAAUGGGUGCAGUAUCAGAUCUGCACACCAAUAGAUACUGGAAACUACAAACAUGAACUCACAAUCGCUUUUUCUGGACCACGAGAACCUUCAACGGCCUUGGCAAAAACUUUUACAAGGGUCUAUGCUCUUAUGGAUUAUGGAGAAGGAAUUUUUGCUUGA